UUCUUUCUGGUUUGUGGAUCAUGAUGGCUGCCGCCUUGAGAGGAAGCGUUGUAACAUUGGCCAAGGGCCUUACUGGCACUGGUCAGCGGUGGCAGCAGCUGGCUGCCCGUUCCCUCAAUAUGACCGCCAGUCUCGGUGGGCCUGAGGCACCCCCGGCCCGCGCCGACGCCACAUUCAAAGUCACCAUGGUGCCCGGGGACGGAGUAGGACCUGAACUGAUGACUGCCGUCAAGGAGGUGUUCAAGGCGGGUGACGUCCCAGUGGAGUUUGAGGAGUUCCACCUAAGUGAGGUGCAGCACAUGGACAGCGACGAGAAGCUGGAGCAGGUGUUGGCCUCCAUGAAGACCAACAGGGUGGCCAUGAAAGGAAAGAUUAACACCCCCAUGGAGUUCAAAGGGGAGCUGGCUGGCUUUGAGAUGAAAAUUAGGCGUAGGCUGGACCUGUUUGCAAACGUGGUACACGUGAACAGCCUGCCCGGCUACAGCACCCGCCACAACAACCUGGACCUGGUCAUCAUCCGAGAGCAGACUGAGGGAGAGUACAGCUCUCUGGAGCAUGAGAGCGUGCCUGGAGUGAUUGAAUGUCUGAAGAUCAUCACUAGGGAGAAGUCUCGGCGCAUCGCCAAGUUUGCCUUCGACUACGCCACCAAGAAGGGUCGCAGCAAGGUCACGGCGGUCCACAAGGCCAACAUCAUGAAGCUUGCAGAUGGCCUGUUCCUACAGUGCUGUGCCGAGGUGGCAGAGCUGUAUCCCAAGAUCAAAUAUGAGAACAUCAUCAUAGACAACUGUUGCAUGCAGCUGGUCCAGAACCCAUACCAGUUUGACGUGCUGGUGAUGCCCAACCUUUAUGGCAACAUCAUUGACAACCUGGCCGCUGGGCUGGUCGGCGGGGCAGGAGUGGUGCCAGGAGAGAGCUACAGCGCCGAGUACGCCGUGUUUGAGACCGGAGCUCGGCACCCCUUUGCCCAGGCUGUAGGCAGGAACAUCGCCAACCCCACGGCCAUGCUGCUCAGUGCUGCCAACAUGCUCCAUCACCUCAACCUGGAAUACCACUCCAAUAUGGUGUCAGAUGCUGUCAGGAAGGUCAUCAAACAGGGCAAGGUGCGGACGCGAGACCUGGGCGGUUACAGCACGACCGGGGACUUUGUGCAAGCCGUUGUGGGGAACCUCCGCCACCGACCCAUGUACUAAAGAAGUCCCGAUCCCCUGAACGCCCUGCCCUUUUCUGUAAACUGGACGGCCAACCAAAUAUAAUCUGGAUAUAUUGAACCCAAUAUUGCCACAUUCCCUAAACUUUACCCCACUAACUUUUUUGCUCACUUUCCCACUAAACUAACACUUACAUCACUCUUGGCAGCUCUCUCCUCCGCUUUCUUUUCAUAUUCCUCUUUACGCAUUCGGUGUAUCCUUUAUUUCGUUUUUCUCUCUUGCUCAAAUUCAAAAAUUAUUGGCCAAAGCAGAUAAUUAUCAUCUUUUUUAUUUUAUUUAUUUUUUAUUUUUUUACCAAAUCGUCCAUUUAUGCAGUGGGCUUCUAUUUUCUCCCAGUCUUUUCCUUGUGGAACCCUUUCUCCAACUGAGCACCCCCUGCUUGGUGCCGUUUCCUGCUUCUCUCUUUUCCUCCAUGUCAGCCUGUUCUUUUGUACUGCCUCUGCUGUUGGCUGCACUCUUCUAUAAGCUGUUCUAGAAUCUUCUCUGUUUUGUCUGCUCUACUUAACUCCCUAUAGUCUACUCUCCUAUUUGUCAGCUUACUCUCUUUCCCUCCACUCCAACUCUUCCUCUUCUCUCUCUGAGCUGUUUCAUUGUCUCUGCUGUGGACAAGCAUAUGAUCUUUAUAUUACAUUGACCUCCACUAGUUCAGCCUCGCAGUCCAUACUGGUCGGGCCGUGUGUUAUUCAGCAGUAUUGGUCAAGCAAGUUUCGAGCCACGGGGACAAUUCGCCGACGCCAAAGCGAGUGAGAAAUCUCUACCACAGCACUGUAUCAAUGGAUAUCUGGCCUGUCAUUUCACAGUCCUGAGUCGUGCCAGGCAUAUACAGUACGUCGUUCAUAACCCUUUGACUCUAUGUGCAGACUUUUCUUGGCUUGGAGUCCAGGCUACCGUGGUAGCAUAUGCGUAGACUACCGUAGCUGUAGACUUCCGGUCAUUGCGUUUACGCUAGUUAGCAUUGGCUCUUGAAACUACCUCUAACUGCCUUCAUUCUGUACGCAGAGACAAAAAUGGUAUCCAUGAGUUCAUCUGACUCUGGGUAAGUAGAAAAACAGCUUAAUUGCCAGAAUCUUGCAGUAUCCUUUUUAACAAGGUCUUUUCAAUCACAACCUUUAAUUACGUGCACAGUCAGGUUAAGACUGUUUUAGUUGCUGUAAAAAAGAAAAGUUUUUUUUAAACUGCACUGGUCAUCAUAAACAUGGAAGUUUCUCACGAACGCAUAUCAGCACCACUGUCUUAAAGGAGGCAGGAUGUAGAGGUCAUUCCUGAGAAGGGUGACAUUUUUCAGAAUCUACAAUCAAAUGUUUUGAUAUUGUUACAUUUGCAGGGAUGCUAACACGUUAGCCAAUUUCACCGUUUGGUAUUUGUAGCUAGCUUCAUAGAACCUUUUAAUUAUCCAUUGUCGCUCAUCUGCAUACUCUAGUCAUCACUUGUGACUAAAAAUAAAUCUUAAUAAUUUGUUCACUGUGUAUGCUGUAAAACGCACAUAAUGUGUAUCGUAGAGGUCACUAUCUAGGUAGCUUUUUGCUGGAGUUGUGACCUUGGAGAACCAUCGUGUUUGGCUGUUCAGUCAGGCAAAGCUCUCAUCAUUAAAUUUGCAAACGAACAAGCCACUGUAACUCGAGCCUACGACCAGCCUUGCCUGAGUUCACUUUGGCUUUGGACUUUGCCAAAUGUCCAAUAAAUUAUAUAUUGGUUAUGUUGAUGAUCUCAGUGGUAGCAUUUCUAUUAGAGACUUAGACUGGCAUGUGUCAGUCAGUCAUUGGGACUUCAAAUGUAUUGGCUUAUGUCAUGUUAUCAUGGUCAAAUACUGAAGAAUAAAAGAUGGGAAAAUGUU